AAUAAGGCGCAAUAUUUGCCAUUCUCGGAUCUUCGAACUGCGAUUACAGUACAGUACGUUUUCGCGAUACUUCCCGAAGGGACAGCACAGUCCCUUCUUCGCUUCCUACUUAUAAAAUCCCUGAAUUCACUUCUCCGUUUGUAAUCCAAAAGCAAAACUAUCCGAUUCCGAUUCCGAUUCCGAUUCAGAUUUCAUCUCCGUCCCCGGCGAGACUGUCAGCGGAGAGGCUACUUUUUAGCAAUGGCCUCCACCACUGCGCCGUUUUACGGAAUUGGUCUUCGUUUUCCUUCGCAUUCCAGUAGAAGCGCUCUCAUUGUGAGGCCGCCGCUUGCGGUUUCCGUCCCUGCUAGACCUAAAUCCAUCGAAGCCUUCAGACCCUUGCUGUUGAGGAGGAAUGGUGGGUUCCAGAGAUUUGGGAGGAAUUCGAGGCUUGUUGUGCGCUGUGAUGCCUCUAGUGGAAGGAUCACGCAGCAAGAAUUUACAGAUAUGGCUUGGCAAGCUAUUGUUUCUUCUCCAGAAAUAGCAAAGGAAAACAAGCAUCAAAUUGUGGAGACUGAACAUUUGAUGAAGACCUUACUGGAGCAGAAAAAUGGGCUGGCUCGUCGGAUAUUUUCUAAGAUUGGGGUUGACAACACUCGGCUUUUGGAGGCUACUGAUAAAUUCAUCAAACGUCAACCAAAGGUUCUUGGCGAGUCAGCUGGUUCAAUGUUGGGACGUGACUUGGAAGCACUGGUCCAGCGAGCCAGAGAAUUCAAGAAAGAGUAUGGGGACUCAUUUGUGUCUGUGGAGCACUUGGUUCUUGGAUUCGUUCAAGAUCAACGCUUUGGGAAGCAAUUGUUUAAAGAUUUUCAAAUAUCUUUACAAACUUUGAAAUCUGCAAUAGAGUCCAUUAGGGGGCGCCAAUCUGUUAUUGACCAAGAUCCUGAAGGCAAGUAUGAAUCACUAGAAAAAUAUGGAAAAGAUCUGACAGCAUUGGCUAAAGCUGGGAAGCUUGACCCUGUAAUUGGAAGAGAUGAUGAGAUCAGAAGGUGUAUUCAGAUUUUAUCUAGAAGAACAAAGAACAAUCCUGUGCUUAUUGGUGAACCUGGUGUCGGGAAAACUGCUAUUUCUGAAGGGCUCGCUCAAAGAAUUGUUCAAGGUGAUGUACCUCAAGCUUUGAUGAAUAGGCGGCUAAUAUCUCUUGAUAUGGGUGCUCUAAUUGCUGGAGCAAAAUAUCGUGGAGAAUUUGAGGAUAGGCUCAAGGCUGUUCUGAAGGAAGUUACAGAAUCAGAUGGCCAGAUUAUCUUGUUCAUUGAUGAAAUUCACACGGUAGUUGGAGCAGGUGCUACAAAUGGUGCUAUGGAUGCGGGCAAUCUAUUGAAGCCCAUGCUUGGUAGGGGUGAGCUGCGGUGUAUUGGUGCCACAACAUUGGAUGAAUAUCGGAAGUAUAUCGAAAAGGAUCCAGCAUUGGAGCGUCGAUUCCAGCAGGUUUAUGUUGACCAGCCAACUGUGGAAGAUACAAUUUCUAUCCUCCGUGGGCUUCGUGAAAGAUAUGAGCUGCAUCACGGAGUUCGCAUAUCUGACAGUGCUCUUGUGGAAGCUGCUAUUUUAUCAGACCGUUAUAUAAGCGGACGGUUUCUACCUGACAAAGCCAUUGACCUCGUUGAUGAAGCUGCUGCUAAGCUGAAAAUGGAAAUCACGUCGAAACCUACUGCUCUUGAUGAGAUCAAUAGAGCAGUGCUGAAGCUCGAGAUGGAGAGACUUUCUCUUACAAACGAUACUGACAAAGCUUCUAGAGAUAGGCUGAGUCGCCUCGAAGCUGAGUUGUCUCUUUUAAAGGAGAAGCAAGCCCAGCUGACUGAGCAGUGGGAGCACGAAAAGUCCGUCAUGACUCGCCUUCAGUCGAUCAAAGAGGAGAUCGAUCGGGUAAAUUUGGAGAUCCAGCAAGCUGAAAGGGAGUACGAUCUUAAUCGUGCGGCUGAAUUGAAGUAUGGAAGCUUAAACUCAUUGCAGCGCCAGCUUGCAGACGCAGAAAAGGAGUUAGAUGAGUACAUGAAUUCUGGAAAGUCCAUGUUGAGAGAGGAAGUGACUGGAAGUGAUAUUGCUGAAAUUGUUAGCAAGUGGACCGGGAUCCCAGUAUCCAAGCUUCAACAAUCCGAGAGGGAGAAGCUUCUACAUUUGGAGGAAGAACUCCAUAAACGUGUUGUGGGUCAAGACCCUGCAGUUAAAUCGGUUGCUGAUGCUAUUCAAAGAUCUCGAGCUGGCCUCUCGGAUCCAAACCGUCCGAUCGCUAGUUUCAUGUUCAUGGGCCCGACCGGUGUUGGAAAAACAGAACUAGCCAAGGCCCUUGCAUCCUAUUUAUUCAACACAGAAGAGGCCCUUGUGCGAAUCGAUAUGAGCGAGUACAUGGAAAAGCACGCCGUCUCGAGGCUGAUUGGAGCCCCACCUGGUUAUGUAGGUUAUGAGGAGGGUGGACAGUUAACAGAGACUGUUCGUAGAAGGCCUUACGCAGUUAUUCUAUUUGACGAGAUUGAGAAGGCUCAUUCUGAUGUGUUCAAUGUGUUCCUUCAAAUUUUGCGGACUGUGAGCUUUACUAACACGGUUAUCAUCAUGACCUCAAAUGUGGGUUCACAGUAUAUUCUCAAUUCAGAUGAUGAUGCGUUGUCUAAGGAAAUGGCAUAUGAAUCCAUAAAGCGACGGGUUCUGGAAGCUGCAAGAUCAAUCUUCCGGCCCGAGUUCAUGAAUAGGGUCGACGAAUACAUUGUUUUCCAGCCUCUGGAUCGCGAUCAAAUCAGCAGUAUCGUCCGAUUACAGCUGCAACGAGUUCAAAAGAGAGUUGCAGACAAGAAGAUGAAGAUCGAGGUGAGCGAUGCAGCAAUUCAACUUCUGGGAAGUCUCGGGUACGACCCGAACUAUGGCGCUAGGCCAGUGAAGCGUGUGAUCCAGCAGAACGUGGAGAACGAAAUUGCCAAGGGCAUAUUGAGAGGAGAGUUCAAGGAUGAAGACACAAUUCUAAUAGACACAGAGGUAUCAGCAUUCUCUAAUGGCCAACUUCCUCAGCAGAAACUUGUUUUCAGAAGAGUAGAGAACAAAGCUUCAGACAACACAAGUGCAGAUAGCAGAGAAGCUUCUGCUCAGGUUCUAUGAGAGUUUUGUAUAUAUGCAAAAUAGACCACUUAGAGUUAGGGCUAAGUUUUUAUCAAAUUUUCCAUACCAAGAUAAUUGUUUUGUACCUUUUUUUUUAAAAAUAGUUUUAUAAAUAUCAAGAAAUUAAUAUUUCGA